GAGGCGUGCCCGCGCCCAGGGGCACUGUGGGUAAUGUAGUCCCGCCCCGAGGUAUUGUGGGUAGCGUACUUCCGCGCCGCGCUCUGGUGGUUCGGAACGCUGUGGCCAUCAUUCCACGCUUGUCAUCAAGCCUGCCCUUAGCCGCUGACUCUCGGGGACAGAGGGUCGGGAAAGCACGGAGACGGGGCCGGUGCCAGCCCUGCUGUAGGAGUUCCGGCUUCCGAAGGGAGAGUUCAGGUCCUGGUCUACCUCUUUCUCGGCGUCAUCUUGAACGAAGUGCUGAACCUCCUGGAGCUGUGGUCGUGAUACCUUAUUUUAGUGAAGAGCUCCCUAGCUGCAGGCUUAGGGGUUUCCAACCUGUUGUCUGGCCUGGGAGAGAAUCCUGAGGCUGAAGCUGCUUGCUUUGUACCAGCUCUGCUUCUGCAGCUGGACUCUUCUCUAAGAAGAGCACUCAGCAGACCAAGAAUAUGGCCCCAGGUCUCCUGACAACCAGGGAUGAGGCAUUAAUGGGCUUCAGGGAUGUGGCUGUGGCCUUCACCCAGAAGGAGUGGAAGCUGCUGAGUCUUGCUCAGAGGAUCCUUUAUCGGGAUGUGAUGCUGGAGAACUACAGUCAUAUGGUGUCUCUGGGAAUUGCCUUUCCUAAACCAAAACUUAUCACACAACUGGAACAAGGCGACGAGCCCUGGAGAGAGGAGAGCGAAUAUCUUCCGGACCUUUGUCCAGCAGAACCAAGAACAGAAUUCCAGUCCUGUCUCUCCUGCCCGUUGACUUUUUCCAGUCCAGAGUUCCUCAGUCAACAUGUUCUAUGCAGUCACUCCCCUCAGAUCUUCCCAGAUGCAUGUGCAGCAAGCCACUUCUUCUUCGAAGCUCCAAGCUGCUUGAAUGACAAAGCAGAAGAUGGUGAGAGAGAAAGCUCUGGCACUGUAUUUGGGAGGCUGCAGCUGAGCAGGACUUCGAGAGCAUUCUUAAUCCCAUCUCAAGGUCAGACAGUAGACCAGGAAUGCAACAGUGGUGGAGGAAUAGAGCGGGGCAUGUGCCCUGAGGAGGCAGACACAGUGUUGACAGAGGCAGACAUCUCAGAAUCUGGAGCAGUCAUAUGUGAAAAAUUCAGACUAGGACUUAGCCUGGAGUCAAGCCUCGUUACUCUCCCGAAGCAUCAUGUGUGUCCUGAAUGUGGCAGAAGCUUCUGCCAGAGGUCAGACCUCAUCAAGCACCAAAGAACCCACACAGGGGAGAAGCCAUAUAGUUGUCAAGAGUGUGGACAAGGCUUUGGCCGGAAGUCCUCUCUAACCAUACACCAGAGGAAACACUCAGGGGAGAAGCCCUACACGUGCAGGGAGUGUGGGCGGCACUUCAGGUACACGUCCUCCCUAACGAACCAUAAGAGGAUACACUCUGGGGAGAGACCCUUUUUAUGUCAGGAGUGUGGGCGAAGCUUUCGCCAGAAGAUUGCCCUCAUCCUACACCAGAGGACACACUUGGAGGAGAAGCCCUUUGUGUGUCCAGAGUGUGGAAGAGGCUUUUGCCAGAAGGCAUCACUCCUCCAACACCGUAGCUCACAUUCAGGUGAGAGGCCCUUCCUGUGCCUGGAGUGUGGGCGUGGCUUCAGGCAACAGUCACUGCUCAUCAGUCAUCAGGUCACACACUCUGGGGAGAAGCCUUAUGUCUGUGCUGAGUGUGGGCACAGGUUUUGCCAGAAGGUCACCCUCAUCAGACACCAGAGGACACACACUGGGGAGAAGCCUUACCUGUGCUCUGAGUGUGGGCGUGGCUUUAGCCAGAAAGUCUCCCUCAUGGGCCACCAGAGGACACACACAGGGGAGAAGCCUUAUGUGUGCCCUGAGUGUGGGCGUGGCUUUGGUCAGAAGGUCACCCUCAUCAGACAUCAGAGGACGCACACAGGGGCGAGGCCUUACCUGUGCUCUGAGUGUGGACGUACUUUUGGCUUCAAGUCACUCCUCACCAGACACCAGAGGACACACUCAGGAGAGGAGGCUGAGGUGUAUAAAGCCUGUGAGCAAAGACUUGGUCAGAAGACCCACCUCACUUCUGACCAGAGGACAUACUCAGGAGAAAAGCCAUGUGUGUGUGAAGAGUGUGGACGUGGCUUUGGCUUCAAGUCAGCCCUGAUCAGACACCAGCGGACCCAUUCGGGAGAGAAGCCAUACGUGUGCCGGGAGUGCGGCCGCGGCUUUAGCCAGAAGUCUCACCUCCAGAGACAUCGGAGGACCAAGUCUGGCCAUUACCUCCUGGCACAAGAGCUAUUCUGACAUUGCCUUUCCUUUCCCUGUGAGUGUGAAGAUGGCAGAAAUCACUAGGAAAUGUUCUGCUUUCCUGAAAUAGAGAAAAAAAAUUUUGCUUUUUCUUUCAGUGUUUAUUAGACAGUUGGUCUAUCAUUUACUUUCUUAGCAGCAAUCCUCUGUAUGGACUUUUGUUUUAAUAAACUGCUUCUUUACAAACUUGCA